GGCGAAGAAAAUUGUUCCGUCAACAAGCAAGGGGAAGGGGGCGUGGCACCCUCCCCUACAGAGAGCAGGUCCCCCAUCAACAGGAAACAUGGAACGAACGCGGAACGAACUGCUGCGAAAUGAAAACAAGGAAAAGUAGGCAGCACGCCGACGAUGCGCACCAAAAGGAAGCCCCACGACGAAGAAAAGCGUGAGCGCAUUCGUACCAUUUCCUCCGAAGGUAGCCCCCUUUCAUUAUAUCGGAAUGUACACUGCUCUCCCCCUGGAGCACAUCCAGCUCUUUUCAAGCCACUCAACGAUUCUGCUUGGUGCCUGCUGGCUAUGAGAGUCUCGACUUCAAACCAGGGUUUGUGCCAGAGGCUCACCUGGAGCACAUCCAGCAUUUUUAAAGCAUUCAUAGUUUCUCCAUGGUGCCUGCAACUAAUAAAAGGCGAUGCCAGGCCGCCUCCUGUGCAUGCAUCUCCGCUGAAGACUGUUGUAGCAUCGUCAAGCACCAGCACAGUCAAGCACAGUCUUCAGUGGCACCAUCCUUCUGCAGGGCGUCCUGCAUGCUGCCCUUCAAUGAGAGGAGGCACCUGGUGCCCAUACACUCCAUGAAGUCCCGACUAGAAAGCCUGGAAGCUCGGAACGAGUCGCUCGUCAUUUGUUGGAGAGGCCAGUCCGCCCAUUUGCGGCCGGUCGGUGCACGACGAUUUUAGCAUCGGAGACUCCAGCAGAGUCUUCAAGUGGCAGCAACCUUUAUCAGGGCGUCCUGCUCCCUGCCUUUGAAUGAAUGGAGGCCACUGGUGCUCAAAUACUCGGCAAAAUCAGCCCAGAAAGUCUGGCAGCUCGCAGCGAGUCACUCGUCAUCGGCAGGCGAUGCCAGGCCGCCUCCUGUGCAUGCAUCUCCGCUGAAGACUGUUGUAGCCUCGUCAAGCACCAGCACAGUCAAGCACAGUCUUCAGUGGCACCAUCCUUCUGCAGGGCGUCCUGCAUGCUGCCCUUCAAUGAGAGGAGGCACCUGGUGCCCAUUCACUCCAUGAAGUCCCGACUAGAAAGCCUGGAAGCUCGGAACGAGUCG